UGAAAUUACGUAUCACAGGUACUGUUUAUGUAUAGAGACGAAAUUGCGUCGCUGUUGUUAUACACACUGAUGACAAAAUUGUAUAACUGAAACUUACUAAACGUAUUGGAUACAAAUAAUAAAGAUGCUGCAACGUCGUGGUUGGCUCGGAGGACCAAAGCCGCCCAAAAAUCCGCAUUCUUUGGAACAUCUUAAAUACCUUCAUCAUGUUUUGACCAAAAAUCAGACCGUUACAGAAAGUAACAAAUCUUUAAUUGUUGAAGCUCUUCGAUCGAUGGCAGAAAUCCUGAUCUGGGGAGAUCAAAAUGAUAGUUCAGUAUUUGAGUUUUACUUGGAAAAGAAUAUGUUCCUGUUUUUUCUGAACAUUCUGGAGCAAAAUUCUGGCAACUAUGUGUGUGUGCAACUACUUCAAACCCUAAAUAUACUUUUUGAAAAUCUUCAGCAUGAAACUUCUUUGUAUUACUUGCUGUCAAAUAAUCACAUCAAUGAAGUGAUUUGUCAUAAAUUUGAUUUCUCCGAUGAAGAAGUUAUGGCUUAUUACAUUUCAUUCUUGAAAACUUUGUCCCUUAGACUCAAUGAACACACCAUACAUUUCUUUUACAAUGAGCAUACGGAUGACUUUGCAUUAUACACUGAAGCGAUCAAGUUCUUCAACCACCCAGAAUCAAUGGUCAGAAUUGCAGUUCGAACAUUAACACUCAAUGUUUAUAAAGUAAACGAUGGUGCAAUGCUGCGUUUCAUUCGUGAUAAAACUGCGGCCCCCUACUUCUCCAACCUUGUAUGGUUCAUCGCGGAACAUGUGAGGGAAGUCGACAACUGUGUGCAUAACAACGCAAACCACCAGCAUCGUGACAGGCUCCGUGACCUGGUAGCUGAGCACCUCGACCACAUGCAUUACCUCAAUGAUAUCGUUACACUGGAGAAUGAACUUCUCAAUGAAGUUCUCAUACAUCAUCUGCUACAACGACUUUUUCUUCCCCUUUACGUUCGUUCUCUUGCUGAUGGUGCACCUGGUGAUGAUACGGAUUGCCCAUUUGUCAGUUCAGUGGUUGCCUUGUUUCUCCUUUCCCAGGUGUUUCUUAUUCUUCACCACAAACCUCUUGUACAUCAACUUGCUGAAGUUAUUUUUAACCGAAACUUGGAUUCCUUGUCACUAAAUGGGGAAGGGACGCCUGUAGAACAAGCAGACAUACUUCAACAACCUGAGAGUUUGGAAAAGUUGCUUUCAUCAACCAAAAAAGGCAAAAAACAUAAGAGAAGACCAAACUACCGAAACAUAGAUUCAGAUGAUGAGAGAAGCAGUCCUGAGGUGGAAGCAAUCACUUCACUUGACGUUCUGCCUAAAGGUGCAGCGAGUGGCUUGGUUGACAAAGAUAAACCGGACGUGCAGUUAAACAACUCAUUCAUAGAUUCCAGUCCUAAAAGUUCAACCACGCCUGCAGACAGGCCCUUUCUGGACACAAUAUACAGUGCAUUGAAUUGUACAGGAAACGAUUACAGUGCUCUGUUUGCCCUCUGCUUUUUGUAUGCUAUUCUACAUAACAAAGGUAUCAGCACAGAGUUAAAGAAGAUAGUUGAGUUAGGUUUGGUUGGUGAGGACGAAGGUUGCGAGUCUUAUUGUCAUUGGCUCAUUGAACGAUUGCUUCGUAUCGUCAGUAAAUCUGUCAAACCUGAGAAUAAAGUGAGACUCGCUACUUUGCGUUUAACCUCAAUACUGCUUAAGAAAGUCGGUGUUCGUGACAACCAGUGUGUUUUACUCGAUGAGCAUCUUGCUUCUGUGGAGAGAUGCAGGGCAGAAGGAAUGCAAAAUCUACAAAAGUUUCUUAAGGAAGAAGAAAUGUUUUUAGAUAUUUUUGAAGAUGAAUAUCGACUGUUGCAGAGCAAGCCACUUAAUGUUGAAUAUUUGAUGAUGGAUUCAUCGUUAUUGUUGCCUCCCACCGUUACCCCACUUACUGGGAUUGAAUUCUCUAAACGUUUACCGUGUGGUCCAACUGAACAAGCCAGACAGUUGAUUGGAAUCUUCUUUACAUUACGGGAUCUGUCGUUGUUUCUGUGCAAGGAAAGUGAAACCCAGCUUCCAUUAACAAGAGAGCAAGACUGCAUUCAAACCAAUGAUAAACUAGACCUAAACAACAGUGAUUUGAUCGCAUGCACGGUGUCGAGCAAAGAAUCAAAACAACGACGAUUUCUCGUUGUUGAACUUUAUCAACUCAUCCUUGUUGAACCUGAUAGUAAAAGGUUGGGGUGGGGGGUUGUCAAGUUUGCUGGCUUCUUACAGGAUGUGGAGGUUUCAAGUGAUACCGAUGAUAGUCGUACACUACAUGUGAUAAUCCAUAAACCAUCGGGAUUACGACGAGUUCCCAUACUUGCUGCGAACUUUAUUUUCGAUGACCAUAUAAGAUGCAUGGCAGCCAAGCAGAGGCUCACCAAAGGCAGAAUGAGAGCGCGGCAUUUGAAAACUGGUCGUAUCGCUGUCUUGCUGGGUCUACCACAGCAUGAUGAUCCGUUUUCUUCCAGUUAUCUCAUGAAUUCAGGUUAUCAAAAACCACGCAACCAAUUCCGUGCCUUUGCUGACCCUCAAGUCUUAAGAGGGGAUUCCCAGAGACCUGGUAUUGGGGUUUUACAACGAGAUUUAUCUCGAACCCCAACAGCUCGUGUUCACCCCUUGUUUAAAAGACCGGGGCACGCAGCAAGUCGGGUUACUGACACCAACCCCACCCUUAGAGUGGGUAGUCUGGGACUUCCCAUUUCGAUCCGAACAUCUGGCAGCAGCUCCGAGGUGGAGGAUGAGGUGUCUCUCACCUCUGGAAACGAGAUCGGGAACCGUGGAACAGGGAGUCCCGCAUCCGCAAGUCCGAAGCGAGGUCACAGGAGGGUGGGGAGCCUCGUCAUUUCAUUCAGUGAUCUUCCUCAGGAGCAAUGUGGAGUCCAUGUAGGAUUCGAGGGCGAUGGAGAGGAGUCCGAAGACACAGAAAUUGCUCAGGAUGUUGUUUCUCUGGAUGCCGUGUCGCUCGAUGCUAUUUCAAUGGAUUCAGCAUCUGCGCCUAUGGUUGAGUUGGAUGAUCAAUAUUUGGCAGAUUCAAAACUUGGAAACAAACCUCCAACAAGAAGUGAAACAGUUGAGACUGUUGUUGCAAAUGAUGAAGAACAAACCGACACCCACGAUGAUGUAGCUGCACAAACCAACACCACAGAAUUAACGUUACAAGAGUAGCAGUUAUCUGGCCGCAAUCAUUUUGAAGAUUUUAACCCUGUAUCAAAGAGUUAUUAGAUUUAUUUUUUUAGUUAUUAGUAGGUUGGGAAUGAUGGGGCACCUUUUCAGUCUACUUACUCUUUUCAUUUGGUAGUAAACAAAGAACAUUUAAAUAAUUAUAAAAUCGCAUCAUUGCGACUCCAAUAGAUUGUUGGUAAUUAACACAAUAUAUUGUACUGAAGGUGUCCCAUCUUCCCGCACUCUAUUAUAUCCUAGAGUAGUAGGUGAGGAAUGAAAUGUUUAUUUUUUUCGCUGCGAACAUCUUAUUUUAGUUAAAGUGCAAUAAUUGACGUUCUUUUUUUUUCACUGUUCUUACUUCUUCAGUCGGCAGAUGAAAGGAUAUCAAAAUUGAAAACUGGUGUAUUAGAAAGCUGGAUCAACAUUGUUUCUUUUUUUUCAGCGUUUUUUUUUUGUUGUUGCCAAGUAUAAAACCUUUUUAGUAGGCAAGACCCAGUUGGGUGCUCUAACAAGAAUGUAUAUUACUUUUUAUUCCCAAUUAUUUUUUUGACAUAAAAUUUAAUAAAUUAAUUUUGCUCUUACGUUAAAAUAAACAUAAUAGCUUUCUAUGUACCGUACAUAGUUAGUGGGUGAUAUAAAAAUAGACUUGACUUUCUAUCUGCUUGGUUAAUAAUUAACUUGUGGAAAAUAUAUCUUUUCAAAUACAGACGAACGCUUGAUUAAA